UGGAGCUUAAGUUGGGUCUGCUGCGGUACUUGUGGGCUGAAGCUGAACGUGCCCGGGCAUGUCAGAAGACGAGGCGGCUCAGGCCCCCAGACCCAGCUUGUGGGAGCAGGACCAGCAGAACGUGGUGCAGCGUGUGGCAGCCCUGCCCCUGGUCAAGGCCACGUGCACCGCGGUCUCCAAUGCUUACAGCGCCGCCAAGGACAGGCACCCGCUGCUGGGCUCCGCCUGCCGCCUGGCUGAGCACUGCAUGUGCAGCCUGACCACGCGUGCCCUGGACCACGCCCAGCCGCUGCUCAGCCACCUGCAGCCCCAGCUGGCCACAGUGAACGAUCUCGUCUGCAGGGGCCUGGACAAGCUGGGGGAGAAGCUGCCCUUUCUCCAGCAACCUUCAGAGACGGUGGUGACCUCGGCCAAGGACGCGGUGGCCAGUGGCGUGACAGGCAUGGUGGGCCUGGCUCGGCAAGGCCGCCGCUGGAGUUUGGAGCUGAAACGAUCCAUGAGCCAUGCCGUGGACGUAGUGCUGGGCAAGUCAGAGGAGCUGGUGGACCACUUUCUGCCCAUGACUGAGGAGGAGCUUGCGGCGCUGGCAGCGGAGGUUGAGGGCCCAGAAGUGGGCUCCGUGGAAGAGCAGCGGAGACAUCAGGGCUACUUUGUACGCCUGGGUUCCCUGUCGGCGCGGCUCCGCCACCUGGCAUAUGAGCACUCUCUGGGGAAACUGAGGCGGAGGAAACACCACGCCCAGGACACGCUGGCCCAGUUGCAGGAGACUCUGGAGCUGAUUGACCACAUGCAGUGUGGGGUGACGCCCAUCACCCCAGCCCACCCUGGGAAGGUGCAUGAGCUGUGGGAGGGCUGGAGCCAGCACUCCCCAGAGAACGGCCGCCGCAGUCAGGCGGAGCUGGAGACCCUGGUGCUGUCCCGUAGCCUGAUGCGGGAGCUGCAGAGCACCGUGGACGCGCUGGAGACCAGCGUGCGGGGCCUGCCCCCCAGCGCUCAGGAGAAGGUGGCCGAGGUGCGGCGCAGCGUGGACGCCCUGCAGGCCGCCUUCGCCGACGCCAGCUGCUUCGAGGACGUGCCGGCGGCCGUGCUGGCCGAGGGCCGGGGCAGCGUGGCCCGGGCCCACACGUGCGUGGACGAGUUGCUGGAGCUGGUGGUGCAGGCCGUGCCCCUGCCCUGGCUGGUCGGGCCCUUCGCGCCCAUCCUCGUGGAGCGGCCUGGGCCCCCGCCCGACCUGGAGGCCCUGGUGGAUGAGGUCGUGGGGGGGCCCGACCCCCGCUGGGCGCACCUGCACUGGCCAGCCCAGCAGAAAGCCUGGCAGGCCCAGUACGGGGACGGGAUGGGCCUCUCCGGGGACAUUCCCGAGGAGGAGGCUGAGCCCCCCAGCUGCCGCAAGCACACCGUGAUGCCAGAACUGGACUUCUGA